AUUGUCAUAAUAAUUAAAAAACAACUUUCGUGUUUUAGAAUCUCGGACUCAUACCAGACUGUAAACUGUUGCCUUAUCAUUUUUGAUAAGAUCAUCGACCACUUUUUGUUGUGGCGAGUUGUUGUUAUUGUAGUAACGCUUAAGAUUCCUUGUGAAAAAUAUUUCGAUACACUAAAAUGGACACAGCUCGUACGCAGGGCGAUGGGAUGGAAUAUGACGGUCUGGUCACAGGAACAGCUGCACAACAGCAAAAGUCUUCCAGUGUUCCCACGACAGUAGGUUUGAUUAAAUUGCCAAGCGAUAUAGAACUGCAACGGCUACUACCUCACUCUGGUUCUAAUCCAGUGUAUCGUCCAACUGAACUAAUUACCACAACGAAUGCAUCUCUCCCACCAACAGUUCCCAAAGGUAAAAUCUUCCAUUUAGUGCCAAAAUUGGUUCAGAUUAACAGAGCUGCCGAAAGCUUGAAAAACAAAGAACCAAAAUUCGUUCCUUUCGAGCCGUAUAAGGGUGCCGUAAAUCCGAUUAUGCCGUACAAGAAUAGAGAGAACAAAAUUAAAAUCAACGCAAGGAAUAAUUUGGAUUUAAGCGUAUUGGUAUCACAAAUGUCGACGAUAACGAGCAAAGAAUUGAAACAAGAAAUUUGUACAAAAUCAGAGUUUGAUCUCGAGAAGCAACAGUAUGAGAAGCAAAUUGAGGAACUGAAGAAGGAACGAGAUUAUUACCAAAGCCAGCUAAAGUUUCAGGCACAAGUUAAUUCGGAGUUGAAAAAUCUGCUUGUGGCAGCGGUUGGUGAAGAUUUGCAGACGAAGGUCAAUGUUCUCACUGAAGACAAAUUACAUUUGGCGAGAAAAUUACUGAGCUCUGCUGAAAAUUUAUCUUCUCACACGGAGCAGAUUGAAUAUCUGAUAGGGCAAAGCGAAGUUUGGCGCAGCAAAUUUCUAGCUAGCAGCCUGAUGGUCGAAGAACUUGCCCGAUGGAAAACUAGUCUCCUGCAGAAGAACAAAUUACUAUCAGCUUCCGCAAAGGAAAUGUUGGAAGUGAACUCAAAAUUACGUGAUAUGCAGAUUGAUAUUUUAAGAAACCUAAAAUUCCUCUACAGCAAGAAAGAUUUUUCCCUUCAGUCCGCUAAUAUUCUAGAUUUGACAGCAGAGAGUGUCAAUAUCUCACAGCAAUUGGUACUUGGUCAUUCGGCCCUCGGAAUGCCAGAGCCUCUGAACUUGGCGGGAUUGGAACCGAUGACUGACGCCGAAAAGCUAGCGGUUCAGGCAUUGCAAAAUACUAACGAACCCCUAAUGAGCACCGACGAAGCAUUCAGGGCCAUUGUGGGUCAGGCAUUUCCCUCGAUCCGUUCGAUGAAAAAAUACGUUGAGCAGAACCUGCAGGAUAGGGUCGAUGAUGGGGAACCAACUAGGGAACCUCCUGCUGUGGAAAUAACGAUCUAUUCAACAUGUCACAUGCUACAAGUCAAUGCUUCUUGCUUAUUGGAGUGUCUCUUCUUACGACAUAAUUGGUAUUGUCGAGCAAUGUUGCCCUUAUCCAAUGACCUGCGGAUCGGUGCGGCGUGAGUAGCACGACAUGUACAACAAUAUUGGAGCAAUUACGUCAUUUAUUGACGAUUAUCAUAA